AUUUGCCCGUCAUACAAACGUUAUGUUAUCUUCACUAUCAAAAAAUCAUAACUUUAGUUUCAUAGUUUUAACUCAAGAAAGGAUAUACAUGAAAUGAGAUAGCACUGUCACUUAAAACUAUAUCAUUAAACACUAAAAUAAGAAAAAAGGUAAUCCGAUACAAGAUUCAACUUCUACAAUGCAAAUGUAGUGAACCGACAAUCAUAUAUUCUAAUUAAUAUUAUAAUUGAUAUAAACUGCUGACAACUAGGACAGCACAAGUAGGAACCACGGGACUAUAAAUACAAGCCAUAGAAAUCUCGACAACUUGAGCCUCAACUGGAAAUUGUGUCACGCCGCUGAUGGACUUGAUAAAAUGUGCGUGCCUGAACACUUGGACAGGUUUGAAUGCAAAAACAGUUACAAAUGGAAUCAUAUAUAAUUAACUGUAACAGUAUACAUGGACUAUUUUAUGAAGACUGAAGAAACAAGGGCACACUUUCAAUACAAACUACAAUGUGUUGACAAAAAGAUGCAGUGGACUGUUUAUGACAGACAUGAUUAACCAGGAUCGAGGUCGUAAUGCAUAUAAGGAGGACUAAGAGAUGAGGCUAACAUGUGAUGUAGAGGUAUUGGAUCGGAUGUUGGCAACUGCAAACUUGAGGAAAGCGAGCAAACCUGUCCGAGCCCAGAUGGCAAUUGGUCGCAGCUCGCCAUCGAACAAUGUUUACAUGAUGAUCUGUACAACGAAGGACAAAAGCGGUACAAAAUAUCAGGUUCAGAACAAUUUGGACAGAGUUUUCACAAAGUUUGUAGCAGAAGGCAAGGCCACUAUUAGGCUUAAAAACCCUGAAAAGGAUAUUUGUAUAAGCAAGGCAGAUGUUAUACAGCUAAAAAGUUUCCUGAAUGUACUUCGACAAGUAGUUCAAGGGAAAACACUCGACAAGACGGUAUUCUCAGUUCUUGCACCUGUUACAACCAAGAAAAUAGAGCGACCCAAAACAGUGAUGGUUAUCACAACAAAGAAAAACUAUCCCCUGACUACGAACUUUCCAUCUACUUUAGAAACAUUACAGGUGAAUGAUUGUAACAUGAGGAGAAUAGACAGCCGAAUAUUCCAACUACGAAACCUGGUAAGCCUCGAUCUCAGCGACAACAGUCUCAAUGACGUCCUGGAUGGGAUUGGCAGUCUGCAGAUGCUGGCUGAGCUAAUACUGAAAAAUAACAAAUUCCAGAAAUUUCCUGUAACUAUAUGUAAACUGAAGACAUUGCAAAAAAGCCUAAGUCUGCUAGACUUGAGUGAUAAUCAGAUACGGCAGUUGCCUGUGCAGAUUUGCGAACUCACGAAUUUGAUGACAUUAAAAGCUGAUAACAAUGUUAUAGAACAGAUACCUCCGACUAUUGGUCGUUUACAAAAUUUGAAAUCUGUGUCACUAGCAGGAAAUAAAUUGACGGUGUUGCCCGCAGGAUUUAUGAGAUUGAGACUUGAGAAUGUUGAUCUCUAUGGAAACAGUUUUAUUAUUACGGAGAAUGAGACUACCGCGGAUUCUGUUGAUGUGCCUACAUUGCUGGAAUGUGCUGCCAGAUAUGUUAGAAAAUACAGGCUACCCUACUCUGAGGAAGACCUCCAUCCGCACCUGUGUCGAUACCUUGACUCUGCGCGCGUGUGUUGGUGUGGGAGCUUCUGUUUCCAAGGCAGCGUGGGAUACACGCGCAUGGUGGACCUCCGCGCUGUCACCUCAGCCAUUACUGCAGUGGACACCACUGGCAGGACGGCUGUACCUGUACAGGGCUACCUCUGUUCACCUCAGUGCUUGAAUAAGUUUAAGACUGACCCUAAUGCUUAUUGGAAGUGAUGUGAACAAUAUAACAAUAGAACUGAUUAUUUUGUGGUCAUCAUAAUGGUAAUAUUUACAUAGAAUAAAUACAUGAAAAAGAAAAAAUACAUGAGAGAGAAAAACUAUGUUUUUUCAAAGAAUAAAUACAUAAGGAAACUACGUCCUCCUCAAUGAAAAAACAAAUAUGAGGGAAAAUAUGUUCUCCACAUAGAACAAAUACAUGAGGGAAUUAUAUUCACCUUAAUGAAUAGAUAAUUCGUAAAUUGAGGGAAAUAUGUUAUCCAAAUAGAAUAUAUACAUAAUGGAAAUUCCAUAUGUUCACCUCAUAGAAUAAAUACAUGAGGGAACUAUGUUCACAUCAUGGAGUAAAUACAUGAGGUAAAUCUGUUCACACGAGAGUGAAUACAUGAGGGGAAAUAUGAUCUCCUCAUAGAAUAAAUGUAGAAGGGGAAUAUGUUCACCUCAGAAUGAAUACAUGAAGGAAAUAUGUUCUCCUCAUAGAAUGAAUACAUGAGGGAAAUAUGUUCUCCUCAUAGAAUGAAUACAUGAAGGAAUUAUGUUCACAUCAUGGAGUAAAUACAUGAGGUAAAUCUGUUCACAUCAGAGUAAAUACAUGGGGGAAAUAUGUUCCCCUCAUAAAAUAAAUGUAGAAGGGGAAUAUGUUCAUAUUAUAGAAUAAAUACAUGAGGGAAAUAUGUUUUCCACAUGGAAUGAAUACCUGAGGGAAAUAUGUCUGAACAAGUUAAUAACUAAAUCAAAUGCUUACUGAAAGUGAUGGUAAAAACAUCAACAAAACAAAUGGGUUUGAUAAAUCAAACCGACUAAGUUGAGUAUGGGGUUAGUUGGGAUCACAGUGCCUCAAUUAAUCAAGGACUGACUGACGCUGUUGCCCAUUGGAAUUGUUUAUUGACAAAAAGGCUACAAGGCUAAUAAGCUACUAAUAGUACUAAAAUUGUAACAGCAGCUAAUUAGUUUCCUUGAGUAGACAUCUAAGAAUGAAAUACUCUACCAAUGUGUUCAAAAUUACAUAUAAUCAUACAAUGUGUUCAAAAUUACAUAUAAUCAUAUAAUGUGUUCAAAAUUACAUAUAAUCAUACAAUGUGUUCAAAAUUACCUAUAAUCAUACAAUGUGUUCAAAAUUACCUAUAAUCAUACAAUGUGUUCAAAUUUACAUAUAAUCAUAUAAUGUGUUCAAAAUUACCUAUAAUCAUAUAAUGUGUUCAAAAUUACCUAUAAUCAUAUAAUGUGUUCAAAAUUACCUAUAAUCAUACAAUGUGUUCAAAAUUACCUAUAAUCAUACAGUGUGUUCAAAAUUACCUAUAAUCAUACAAUGUGUUCAAAAUUACAUAUAAUCAUACAAUGUGUUCAAAAUUACAUAUAAUCAUAUAAUGUGUUCAAAUUUGCCUAUAAUCAUAUAAUGUGUUCAAAAUUACCUAUAAUCAUAUAAUGUUAUCAAAAUUGCCUAUAAUCAUAGGGUGUUAGGCAGUUUAUCUCUACAAUUGCAAUUCCUCAUGGAAUCUGACUUGCAAAUAAGCUAUAUUUGUAGUUCCCGGAUAGUUCCAUUUGAACCUUGAUGUUAACUGUUAAUGCCUUAAGGAAACUCUGUACAAGGUUUGGUAUCAUUUGAAAAGUAUUUGCUUGCUGAUUAAGAAAACAAAAUUAUGUCUUAAAAAUAACCGAAAGAAAAAGUGGCAUUUCUCCGGUUUCCCUCCACAACACAACUUUCAAGACCACACUCUCGCGCAACAUUGUGCCAACAAGAGUGACUAAGUAUAAAAAGAUAUAACUUUGUUGUAAUAUAAAUCAAAUCAAAACUAAGAAUAUUAUGAAUAAAAUUAUUACAGUUGUUAUAUUUGUUCUUUAUUUGGACUGAAAUUGCGAGUAAAUGACAUUUUAAAAUCUCUUGAGGCCAAAGAAUUUUUUGCUACUUACAUAUAUAUAUAUAUUUGUGUGUCUGAUACCUUAACAGUUCAUGGAUGCUGUUAGUCAAUGUACUUAUUCUUACAUGUACUAUGUGUGCUACCCAGUAUAUGUUGCUUGAAAUAAACAUGUAUACAUA